AUGGCUCUUCUUGUCUAUCUACAAAGCGCAUUUCUUGCCAUUGUCAUUGCGGUGACCUCGGCUAUGAAUGACUAUAAGUCAUUUCGCCAACCGAUUAUGUACCAGUCUGACUGUGCCAAACAGAUCACCAAGCUCAGCACUGACAGUUCUUCCUCAGGUAUGGGCGAUCGACCAACAGCCAUGAUUGAAGCUGGUGAAUUGCGCAUAAAUUUAGUUGUACAAGUCACGCGCUUUACGAGUGACUAUGUGGAUUUUAAUACCAGAUCGUACAGUGGACAUAUUCCAGCGCCGACUAUAAAAGUUUGUCCUGGAGACCGCCUUGUUGUCACGGUCACUAAUUCACUUGAAGGUGGAAAGAGUAACAAUACCAACUUGCAUUUACAUGGAAUGCAUUUACCACCAGUGGGUAAUGCCGAUAAUGUGAUGCCUGAUGUGGUACCAGGAGGACAGCGAAUAUACUCUUAUGACAUUCGACAGGAUCAUCCGGCCGGUACCUUCUGGUACCAUUCACACACACAUGGCAAUGUUAAUUCACAUUUACAAGGAAUGAUGGCAGGUGCACUUAUUGUUGUGGAUCGAUUAAAUGAUUUUCCAACAGAAUUAGCGGCAAUGGAGGAUCUGAUUGUUAUCUUACAAGCUUUUUGUAUUGAGAAUUGCUCGAAUAAGCACGACGAUCUUCAAGAAGCAAUUGAAAACAAGUAUAGUCAUAGCAGAAAAGUAUCAGACCAAAAGGACGACGAUAAGGUUUGGGACACUGACCUUGAAGUCGUUGAGAACGAGGCAGAUGCUCCUUUAAAUGACACAUCACUGCUUACAGUCUUUGCAAAUGGACAAUAUCUACCAAAGCUGAAUUUUGUAGCAGGUGAAUACAAGCGCAUGCGCCUCAUUAAUGCUAUUGCGAAUAAUGUGGCUGAGCUUGUGACAACUUAUGGAAGUGGGUGUAUGCUGGAAGUGAUUGCUAUGGACGGCAUUUACUAUACGCGACCAAAAGCAAAAGAAGUGAUUGUUCUUCCACCAGGCGGACGCGCUGAUGUGGCAAUCAUCUGUACUGAAAUUGGAACCUUCUACCUUGAGACUGACUGUGCGAGUUCACGCAAUAAGUUACUAGGUCUUGUAAAUCAACAUCGAGUGCCAUCUCAGCGCAUCGUACAAUUUAAUGUUGUCGAGCGAGAGAUGAACGACUUAGACAUUGACCUUGACAUCACAGCUAAUUUUAUGCACCUUCCAUCAGUACUGCCGAAGCGACCAGCAUAUAUGGAAGACACAAUCGGAACAUCGAAAUCUCAUCCUUUGAUAGAAAAGGACAGACAAUACGCGUUCGAGUUCUCAGUUUGGAUGGAAAAUGACAUUGUAUUUGGUGUCAAUCAUGAAACACUAAACAUAUCAAACAUUAACCACUCAAUGCGCGUGAAUGAGGUGCAAGAAUGGGAGCUUUCGGUUACUGAUUACAGAAAGGAGUCAUUAUGGAAUUGCAAUCUUGAUGACAAUGCUACUCCCGCGACUGGACAUUUAUCCUCGUCCAGUAAUUGCCAUACAAUGAAUCAUCCAUUUCAUAUGCACUCGACACACUUCCAAAUUUCAAAUAUGGAUGACAUUACUGAUCCAGAUGGCGUUCUUUUUGAUUUGGGGGACUGGCGGGAUACGUUACCACUUUUUCGUGGUGGAGUACAGAUACGCUUUACACCGCGCGAUUAUAUGGUGGGAAAUCUAUUCGCUCACUGUCAUAUUGCGUCUCAUGCUGAUGGUGGUAUGGCACAAUUGGUCAACGUUUACGACUCAGAGACUCGGAUGUGGGUUCGGCCGUUGAUGACGAAAAUGAAGAGGAAAGUUCCACCUUAA